AUGCGAAGCACGCACCCCGAAAACGAAGAAUCAGGCUCCGACGCCGGCAAGGCGGCCGAAUCGGGGUCCGAGUCGACGGAAUCUGACUAUCUGGACAAUGCAACUUCUCGGAAGCGACGUCGAACUUCUCCCCAACCCCUGGACAAGCAAAUGGAAGUCGACGACGACGACGACGACGGCUCUAAACCGCUCAACAUGAUCAGAUCGGCAGUAGUGGCCCCUUCGAGGAUAAAGCGCGCGACGGAUGGUGCUGCUUGUGCCAAACCACCUGCGUCCUCGCAGAACCGAAUCCUCGCCCCGACGGAUCCAAACACCUCCUUCUCCUCUCUGCAGCUCCGGCCGUGGCUCGUUCAAUCCCUCGCCAACAUGGCCAUCAAGCGGCCUACCGGCAUCCAAAAGGCUUGCAUACCCGAGAUUCUCAAGGGUCGGGAUUGCAUCGGCGGCAGCAGAACCGGUUCCGGAAAGACGGUCGCCUUUGCCGUGCCCAUCCUUCAGAAGUGGGCCGAGGAUCCGACGGCCAUCUUUGGCGUCAUCUUGACGCCGACCCGAGAACUGGCCCUUCAGAUCUACGAGCAGGUCAAGGCCAUUUCGGCGCCGCAGAGCGUCAAGGCCAUGCUCGUCACCGGCGGCGCCGACAUGCGCGAGCAGGCGAUUGCGCUCGGGCAGAGGCCUCACAUCGUCAUCGCCACGCCGGGCCGGCUCGCCGAUCACAUCCGGACGUCCGGAGAGGAUACCAUAUGCGGGCUGAGGAGGGUCCGCUUCGUCGUCCUCGACGAGGCCGACCGUCUGCUGCACGCCGCCGGGCCCGGCAGCAUGCUGCCGGACGUGGAGGAGUGCCUGGGCGUCCUGCCGCCGCCGACGGAGCGCCAGACGCUGCUCUUCACCGCCACCAUCACGCCCGAGGUGCGCGUCCUCAAGGACAUGCCGCAGAAGGCCGGCAAGCAGCCCGUCUUCGUCUGCGAGAUCGACACGCAAACGCUGGCCAUCCCGUCGACGCUCGCGCAGUCGCACCUCCAGAUACCCGUCACCCACAAGGAGCAUUACCUCCACGUCUUCCUGCUGACGGAGGCGAACAAGGACAAGACGGUCAUCCUCUUCUGCAACCGGACGACGACGGCCGAGUUCCUGCACCACAUGCUUCGCCUUCUCGAGCAUCGGGUGACGUCGCUGCACUCGAAGCUCCCGCAGAGGCAGCGAACCGACAACCUCGCGCGGUUCCGCGCGUCGGCGGCCCGCAUCCUCAUCGCCACCGACGUCGCCGCCCGCGGUCUCGACAUCCCCGAGGUCAGCCUCGUCAUCAACUACGACGUCCCGCGCGACCCGGACGACUACAUCCACCGCGUCGGCCGCACCGCGCGCGCCGGCCGCAAGGGCGAGGCGGUCACCUUUGUCGGCCAGCGGGACGUCGAUCUCGUGCUGGCCAUCGAGAAGCGCGUCGGCCGAGACAUGACGCCGUGGAAGGAAGAGGGCGUCAACCUCGAGACGAGGGUCAUCCGAGACGCGCUCAAGCUGGUGAGCGAGAAGAAGCGUGAGGCGCUGCUCGAGAUGGAGGAGGGCAGGGAGGUCGGCGGCAGGCGGAAGCGGACGAAGCAGAAGCUUCGGGCGGCGUAG